GCGCUGUGCCCGGGCGCCCGCCGAGCUCCGCCGCGCUCUAUGCGCCUCUGCGGGCGCCGCGGGCCCUGGCCAUGGCGAUAGACCGGCGGCGCGAGGCGGCGGGUAGCGGUGCCGGACGGCAGCCGGCCCCGGCCGAGGAGAACGGCUCCCUGCCGCCCGGCGACGCGGCGGCCUCCGCGCCCCUCGGGGGACGCGCGGGCUCCGGUGGCAGCGCGGAGAUCCAGCCGCUGCCUGCGUUGCACCCAAGCGGCGGCCCGCACUCGAGCUGCUGCGCGGCGGCAGCCGCCCCGAGCCUCCUGUUGCUGGACUAUGACGGCUCGGUGCUGCCUUUCCUCGGGGGCCUGGGCGGCGGCUACCAGAAGACCCUGGUGGUGCUCACCUGGAUCCCGGCGCUGUUCAUCGGCUUCAGCCAGUUCUCGGACUCCUUCCUCCUGGACCAGCCCAACUUCUGGUGCCGCGGGGCCGGCAAAGGCACCGAGCUGGCAGGUGCCACUGUCACCGGCCGGUGGGGCGACAUGGGCAACUGGACCAGCCCCCCGGCCACCCCCUUCUCCACUGCUGCCUGGGGGACCGCGAGCAACCGAAGCAACAGCAGCGACACGCCACCCCUUCCGUCCCCUCCGGGCAAGGGGAACAACGACUCAAAUUGCGACUGCCACGCUUGGGACUACGGCAUCCGCACUGGCCUCGUCCAGAACGUGGUCAGCAAGUGGGAUCUUGUGUGUGAUAAUGCCUGGAAGGUCCAUAUCGCUAAGUUCUCCUUGCUGGUUGGAUUAAUCUUUGGCUACCUAAUAACUGGAUGCAUUGCUGACUGGGUUGGUCGGCGGCCUGUGCUGCUGUUUUCCAUCAUCUUCAUCCUGAUCUUUGGACUGACUGUGGCACUGUCAGUGAAUGUGACGAUGUUCAGCACACUCAGGUUCUUUGAAGGAUUUUGCCUGGCCGGAAUCAUCCUCACCUUAUAUGCAUUACGUAAGUAGGAACUGUCAUGACCAGUCGCUAUGAAAAUCAGCCCAGUAUUGCUGCCUGCGAAGUUCUGGGCUCAUUGUUGGGGUGGUGGCACUUGAGACACAUACACUUUGAAGCCUUUGUGGUUACAAAAAGGCUUCCAGCUUGGGCUCAGUGCCCGCAUCAAGGAGAAUGGAAGUUUGUGUAAUGAUUUGGAGAUGUGGGAAUCAGUUCAAGCUGACAUGUGGGCUGCUGAUUUCUCAGGAAGUUUCUGUGCACUUCAGAAUGCACCAUUGGGUACCCCAGUCCUGGAUCUAGCAGUGCAUACUGAAGAACGAUUCUAUGUGGACUGCACUUGAGAUGAACUAUGCUAUCCUGGACUCCUUGAGAUCUUUUCUUCUUUUCCUCUACUUUGAGGUCAUACAAAAUCCACAUUUUUAACAUCCUUUUGAUGUGACCGUAGGUGGUCUGGAUUUGAACUGUCAAGCUUUAGUACUAGAACAUUAGGUGGCAAGACUUGGUAGUGUUUGCUCUUUUGAAACAGGAUGGAGCUGACACACUGUCCCCUAAGUGGGUGACAUUAAAGGACUAUGGCCUCUUAGGUUGCAGCUUCCUCCAAGGCUAUAGGGUUUUCCCAUCCACUCAGCCUCUGCUCUUGGGGCUCGAAGCACCUGGGGCUGGGCCUGUGCAUGCUUCCUGUGCUUGAAAUAGGAUGGAGAAAGCAUUCAGGGGCUCUGCCAUAUUUGUUUCCCAUAUGAUCUCUGCUGUCACAUUGGGUAAGUUUUACUUACCUGUAUUCAUUUCUCUGGAAGACAACCUCACACCCACAAGAGGAGGAGAAGCUGUAGACAUUUUACUUGUUAGUUUUGUGCUUGCUUCUGGACACCCUGUGGAAAGACCUUUUGGAUCACUGGGCAGAUAAGGUUCUGGCUUUCUUGAUCUUUGAUAACAGGGAGGAGUCAGGUCUUGAUUAGCUAGUAAUUUCUAGAGUAAUUCUCUU